AUGGCGAUAAUCCAUCGUGACCUGGCAGCUCGUAAUGUUCUUCUUGAUGACAACUAUGUUUGCAAAGUUACCGACUUUGGACUGGCUUAUCAAGAUUUCAAGUAUGGACAUGGAAAUGCCAAAAAGGGCUGUAUACCAAUCAAAUGGACUGCACCCGAGAUUCUGUCAGGAAAUGUUGCCGAGCUCUCACCCCAAAGUGAUGUGUGGUCUUAUGGAAUUGUCUUGUAUGAGAUAUUCACUAUCGGAGGAAUUCCAUACCCAGGAUGGUCAGAAGGCAGAGUGGUUCAAGCAGUCCUGGAUGGAUAUCAAAUGCCAAAGCCUGACCACAUUGACGACCAGUUGUAUGAUGUAAUGACAAGGUGCUGGAACUUAAACCCUGACUUUCGUCCUCCUUUUGAAAACCUGCGAAAAAGAAUGGAUAGAUACCUUCGUGAGGAGACAUACACGGAACUGCUCAACAUGGGGAAAUAUGACAGCGUGCAAUACUCCAAGGUUGAAGAUCUUGGAGCUCAAGAUGAACAAGCAAGUGAGCAAGUCAAGACGAGCACCACUGGAAAGAAAUUGGGAAAAUGGUCAAGUGUUCGUUAAAUAAGAGUAAACAUAUGACUUACUGGUGGCUGUUACAGCUUUUAUGCCCAGCAAUGGUUAGUUUAGUGUGCCUUUUGUUCAGGACGUCAUCGAGUAAGAUAUAAUUAUUUAAUUUAUAACCUAUUUGUGAAAGAUUAAUUAUAAUUUUGGCAUUUUUCUUUUAGGCAAUAAAAAAUGCUUCCCAGAAAUGUUAUUGGAUAGUAGUCAAACAAAUCUAAAGCAGACCUUGUGAAAUCGUUCUUUGUUUUGUAGCUACAUAAUAAUCGUUUAAAACCUUUCUGCUUUUUAUGUUUUUGGUCAUCAUUGAGUUGAACAAAAUUAUUGUGUACACCGCGAAUGAGCCGAAAUUUGCGUCGUUCUUUGUUUGUUUGAAAAUGAAGCUACUCUAGGUAGGGAAUAAUAUCAAAAAUCAUGUAACUUUCCCUUAAAAGAUUACAUGAACAAAACGAAGUAACUACUUAAUCGUCGUUAACAGCUUUGUGAAAGUAAACAAGCUCUAUUACUUUUGGAACAAUGUUAAGCUUACAAAAGAUAUCGGUUAUAGUAACUUUGUUAUUUAAUGAAUUUAGAUCAGUUCAUUACAUUGAUCAAUUUAGAACAGUAUGAGAUAGAUUGUUCUAAAAGGACUGACUAUUUAUUUUAGACUCUGUGUCGAUGUAUGCACGGAAAAAUUUGACCGCAACAUUUACCUAUCUAUCUAAGUACUGUAAACGUCAUAACAUGAAAAGGUUUCAAGUUAGGUAACAUAAAACGCUCUGUUUGGUAUUAUUUUACCACUGUCAUCCGUGGACUUAUUUGUUCAUGUCUUUCUCUUUAUUAUAACGCCAGAUUGCUUGUCUACGGUAUAAUUGAUUUAAGUGCGAUCACGUUGCUGGUAUUAACUGCAGUUUUCUUUAGUAAAUACGAGUUAAAUUUCAUUAACUGAUCAAGUCAGAGCAAGGAAAAUAUUUCUUAAAUAGUUGGUAGAGUUUCAUGAAGACUCUGGGAUACAUUAAGGCCCGGCUAAACGACCGCAACAUGUCAACGGAACAUAUCGCAGUAUUGUUGGGCGCUGCAUGCUGUGCGCGUUUGGCCACCCUGUUGCGACGUGUUGCGACAUGUUGGGUGUUGAUAAGUGAAAUGGUGACUUGGAUAAAGUGAAAUAAAUGUAGAAGCGUUCUCAAAUUCAAUUACUCAGUUAAUAAAUUUUCUGAGUUCCUCAACGGGAGUCGAACCCAUGACCUUCCAGAAUACCGGUAUUCUGGAAGGACAUGGGUUGCGGAUUCGUAAUGAGGAAUCUGUAAACUCUGCGAGUUUCUUGUUGUGAGUUUGAUGAUGCAAGCUCUUUGGGUAUAUUUAGAAAAUAAGGCGUCCCUCCCGCACCCAGUUAGACAUUUAAAAGUCAUCGCCAGCCGGUAGUGUAAAUGCAGAGUAAAUAGAGGAACAGAGCUCCGAAGCUGAGGAAAUUUGGUACUCAAAUUAUAAAUGUUAAUAAAAUUAUGCCAAAACAAAAAAAAAACAAUUAUAUAUAUGGCAGACGUUUCGGGCCUAACCCUUCUUCAGUGCUACGUUUUGAAUGGGACACGCCAUCGGAGAAAUGAACAAUUACAGGCUCAACUCUAAAGCCUGGUUCUCAUUACCGACGCAAUAACGAGCGCAAGCACAAGCGUGAGCACAACAAUUAAGAAUUGCUUCAUGUUUAGCGUGCGUAUAUCGAGUU